UUGAUAAGGAGCGCCGAGUCCAAAGAAAGGCGUAAAGGCGACUCCUCCUCUUCUUUUUGACUCACAUGUGUGCAGCCUCUUUGGCAGGAGACUACAGAGAGAGGAGAAAAACUCUCCAAUUACAUUUUUUUGGUAAAUCUGUCACAUGUAAGCUUUGACAUCACACCUCGGACUGUCGAACCCGACGGACAGCAAGGAAGCUUCACUUUGGGGGGGCUGCAGAGUAACUUUUUUAUUCUACAUUUUUAAAAUUCACUCCCUGGCGAGGCGGAGGUGCAGCAUAGAUGGUACUUUUAUGUAAAGGAGAAAAAUUAAUCGACGCAUAAAUCAAUGCUGGCAAUUGUCAAUCACCUGAUGAAGGAGAAUGAAUUAGAUCCGGAUAAGAACACGGGUUCUUGCCUCCCCGAUUUUCGGAUUUUUAACUUCAAUAAAAGGGAAACAUCCUGGACUUUAUUGCAUUCUUUUCUCCUCUGAUGGACAUCUUGGCUUAUAGAACCGAAGAGAACAGUUACAACAUCCUCCCAUCGGCGGCGACGAUGCUCUUCCACGGCCUUCCCGGAGGGGACGUGCACGGCGUGGUGGAGGAGAUGGACCGGAGAGGAAAGAGCGAGUCGGCCAUCAGCUCCGCCAUCGACAUGGGAGAGACGGAGACGGCCGUGCCGUGCAUGACCACGGAGCGAGUGGCUCUGUGCGCCGGCUGCGGCCGAAAGAUCUCGGACCGGUACUACCUGCUGGCCGUGGACAAGCAAUGGCACAUGCGAUGCCUCAAGUGCUGCGAGUGCAAACUCAACCUGGAGUCUGAGCUCACCUGCUUCAGCAAGGACGGCAGCAUCUACUGCAAGGAGGACUACUACAGAAGAUUUUCGGUGCAGAGAUGCGCUCGAUGCCACCUGGGCAUCUCGGCCUCGGAGAUGGUGAUGCGGGCCCGGGACCUGGUCUACCACCUCAACUGCUUCACCUGCUCCACCUGCAGCAAGAUGCUCACCACCGGGGACCACUUUGGCAUGAAGGACAGUCUGGUCUACUGUCGGCUGCACUUUGAGACUCUCAUCCAGGGGGACUACCAGGCACAUUUUAACCACGCGGACGUGCUGCCGCACAAAGGCUUGGGACCCGCCAACACGCUCGGACUAUCCUACUUCAACGGCGUGGGGACGGUACAGAAAGGCCGGCCCAGGAAGAGGAAGAGCCCAGGGCCCGGUUCGGAGCUGGCAGCCUACAACGCAGCACUGAGCUGCAACGAGAAUGACAGCGAGUCCAUGGACCGGGACUCCCAGUACAGCUCCAGUCAGAAGACCAAGCGCAUGAGGACGUCCUUUAAGCACCACCAGCUCAGGACCAUGAAGUCCUACUUUGCCAUCAACCACAACCCAGACGCCAAGGACCUCAAGCAGCUCGCCCAGAAGACAGGCCUCACCAAGCGGGUUUUACAGGUGUGGUUCCAGAAUGCUCGGGCCAAAUUCAGGAGGAAUCUUCUGCGGCAAGAAAGCACUGGUGCGGACAAGACAUCCGACGGUUCCACGCUGCAGGGGGGGACACCGUCGGGCCCAGCCUCUGAGAUCUCCAACGCCUCCAUGAGCCCUUCCAGCACCCCCACCACGCUGACAGACUUGACUAACCCCACCAUGCCCACGGUCACCUCCGUGCUCACCUCAGUGGCGGGUGGCAUGGACGUCCACGAAUGCCGGAGCCCGUCGCAGACCACACUGACAAGCCUUUUCUGAUGGACAAUACCUUGACUACAACCCCCUGUCUGCUACAACCUGCUGAAUCUAGCCGAGUCCUUUGAACAUGAAGAUUAGAAAAGCAAAAACGAUACCACAAAAGUCUGCUUUCGCCCGUUGGAGACUAUUUGCAGAGUGAGGCAGCCAAGCCUCACAGAUGGAACUGUUGUUGUUAUUUAGAUGUUGUUGUCUUGUUGAGAACUGAGCAGACUUGAUUUGCAUUUUUCAAUGUUUACAGAAAGAGACU